AUGAGUCGGACGGAGGCUGAUCUGGCCAUAAAUAUCCGAAAGGCUACUAGCAUUGAGGAAACCGCGCCGAAACGAAAACAUGUGCGGAGUUGCAUUGUGUACACGUGGGACCACAAGUCGUCUGCGGCCUUUUGGGCAGGCAUGAAAGUGCAGCCCGUUCUCGCCGACGAAGUCCAGACGUUCAAGGCUCUUAUCACCAUCCACAAGGUUCUCCAAGAAGGUCACCCCAUUGUUGUACGAGAGGCUCAGCAACAUGCCAAUUGGGUCGACAGUUUGAUGCGAGGAGUUGGAAGCGACGGUGUUCGAGGAUAUGCUCCAUUGAUUCGCGAAUAUGUCUUUUUCCUCGAGUCGAAAUUGAACUUCCACCGCAACCACCCUGAGUUCAACGGCUUGUUUGAGUAUGAGGAGUAUAUUAGCUUGAAGACGAUCAAUGAUCCGAAUGAAGGCUACGAGACUAUUACCGAUCUCAUGACUUUGCAGGACCAGAUUGAUUCCUUCCAGAAACUGAUUUUCUCCAAUUUCCAAAAUGGAACAAAUAACGAGUGCCGUAUCUCUGCGCUUGUGCCUCUUGUCCAGGAGAGCUAUGGUAUUUACAAGUUCAUCACGAGCAUGUUGAGAGCCAUGCACACAACAACCGGAGAGGAUGAGGCUCUCGAGCCACUCCGUGGUCGUUACGAUGCUCAACACUACCGUCUCGUUCGGUUCUAUUACGAAUGCUCGAACUUGCGCUACCUUACCAGUCUGAUCACCAUCCCCAAACUGCCCCAAGACCCACCAAACCUUCUUGGAGAGGACGAAGAUCGCCCCGCCCUCCCCCGACGACCGGCGAAGGAGGUCGAAGCACAACCAUCACCACCACCCAAGGCCUUGGCUGCUGAUCCAGAGCCCAUCAAUGAUUUCUGGACGACCGAGGCCAAGCGUCAGCAAGAAGAAUACGAGGCCGAGCAAGCACGUCUCCAGCAACAGUGGGAACAGCAACAGCGAGAACAGAUGCGUGCUCAACAGGAGGCGCAGGUGAACUUUGAGGCGGAGCAAGCGCGACAACUUCGAGCUCAGCAGGAGGCACAGGAGCAGCUUCUCCGGGAUCAAUACUCGACACAUACCCAGGGUCGCUUGGCGGAGCUGGAGCAAGAGAACCUGAAUGCUCGUGCUCAGUACGAACGGGAUCAGCUAAUGCUGCAGCAGUACGACCGCCGUGUGAAGGAUUUGGAGGGACAGAUGAACCAACUGAACUCGAACCUCAACUUGCAAAGUGCCUCUAAGGACGAGCAAAUUCGUUCUCUCCAGGAGCAAGUCAAUACAUGGCGAUCCAAGUAUGAAGCUCUGGCUAAGCUCUACUCGCAAUUGCGACAGGAGCACCUGGAUCUUUUGCAGACUACCAAGAGCCUUAAACUCAAGGCAGCUUCGGCACAGGAAGCCAUUGACCGCCGCGAGAAAUUGGAACGCGAGCUAAAGACCAAGAACUUGGAACUUGCAGAUAUGAUCCGCGAGCGUGAUCGUGCUUUGCACGACCGGGAUCGUCUCACUGGUACCAACAAGGAUGAGCUGGAGAAGGUUAAGCGAGAGCUUCGUAUGGCGCUCGAACGGGCCGAGAAUGCCGAGCGAUCAAAGGGCACGGAGAUUUCUACUAUGCUUUCCAAGUAUAACCGGGAGAUGGCUGAUUUGGAAGAGGCUCUCAGACACAAAACUCGUGCUCUCGAUGAUGUCUCCAACCGUAAGUCGGAAUGGGAUGGAGACCACGAGCUGUCUCUUCGCGAGAAGGAUGAGGAGAUUGAGGUUUACAAGUCUGGCAUGGAGCAGGCUCUCAUGGAGUUGGAGGAACUCCGCUUGAGCCAAGGUGAUACGGACCACGCACUGGACAGCCAAAUCGACACAGUUCUACACGGCACCGUGGCCAAGAUCAACGACAUUAUUGAUUCUGUGCUACAGGCUGGUGUGCAGCGUGUUGAUGACUCUCUAUACGAGCUUGACUCCUCGAUGCAAGCCGGUAACCAGAAUGCAUCGCCACCUUAUGUGCUGUCACAGAUUGAGAAGGCCUCUGCAUCGGCCACUGAAUUCUCGACGGCGUUCAACAACUUUAUUGCAGAUGGCCCUAACAGCCCUCAUGCUGAAAUUAUUCGCACCGUAUCCGUAUUUUCUGGAUCUGUUGCUGACACCCUGAGCAACACAAAGGGAUUGUCUCGCUUCGCCAACGAUGACAAGAGCUCUGACCAGCUGUUUAGUGCAGCUCGUAAAUCGGCCCAGGCGACUGUUCGCUUCUUCCGUGGUCUGCAGUCUUUCCGUCUCGAGGGCAUGGAGCCUCUACAGAAGACCGAUGUUGUCAUCAACAACAAUUUGGAAGUGCAGCGUGAUCUCCAAUCGCUAUCAAAGUUGGUUGAAUCCUUCUCACCCAAGAGCAGCAAGAUCAGCACCAACGGUGAUCUGGGAGACCUGGUUGACCAGGAGCUCAACCGUGCAGCUGAUGCUAUUGCUGCUGCUGCGGAGCGUUUGGCUAAGCUGAAGAACAAGCCCCGUGACGGCUACUCGACCUACGAGCUACGUAUCAACGAUUUAAUUUUGGCUGCUGCUAUUGCCGUGACCAACGCCAUCGCCGAGUUGAUCAAGGCUGCCACUGAAACGCAACAGGAGAUUGUGCGCGAAGGCCGUGGAAGCUCGUCCCGUACGGCUUUCUACAAGAAGAACAACCGCUGGACUGAGGGUCUCAUCUCUGCGGCUAAGGCAGUUGCUGGUUCGACCAACACCCUGAUCGAGACUGCCGACGGUGUUAUCUCAGGUCGCAACUCUCCUGAGCAGCUUAUCGUUGCCUCCAACGAUGUUGCUGCCAGUACCGCACAGUUGGUGGCUGCCAGUCGUGUCAAGGCCACAUUCAUGAGCAAGAACCAGGACCGACUGGAAACUGCCAGCAAGGCCGUGGGUGCUGCAUGCCGUGCCCUAGUACGCCAGGUGCAGGACAUUAUCAAGGAGAAGCACAGCGGUGAUAACGAGGCAGAAGACUACGCCACCCUGAGCUCGCACGAGUUUAAGGUGCGAGAGAUGGAGCAACAGGUCGAAAUCCUCCAACUUGAGAACAACCUUGCCCGCGCCCGUACACGUCUUGGUGAGAUGCGUAAGAUCUCGUACCAAGAAGAAUAA